AUGAAUCCCACUUAUCCCCUCCAACCCGUGGCGAACUUCAUCUCGUCCUUCCUGGCAUUUCUCGUCAUCAUCAGUCAACCCCGACAACCAUGUAAUAAGGGCAUCAUCUACCUCGCGGUCUGGGUGUCUAUUUUAAGCUUUAUCACGGGCAUCCAGAUGGUCAUCUGGAGGGAUAGCGCCGACACGACCAUUGCGCCCGUAUUCUGCGAUAUAGUCUCACGCAUACUAGUGGGCACCUUGAUUGCCAUGCCCGCGUGUACACUUAUCACUUGCCGCUGCCUGCAUGACAUGGUUCGAUAUUCAGUAAUAAAUACUGUGAAAUUUCGUAAGCGUCGGCGCGAUUUGCUUCUCGACCUUGUACUCUUCCUCGGUCUCCCGGUGAUCUCAAACAUCUUCUACUACGUAGUGCAAUCAGCACGCUUUUCUGUCCUCGAAGAAUCAGGAUGUGGGGUUGCGAUAGUCGUCUCUGGCUUGACCCUCAUGUUGAUAAGCGGCCCCCCUCUUAUCGUAUUCUGUUUCUCAUUCGUAUACUUCAGUAUCACCAUUACCCUUCUUGUCAAACACAGGCGUAGCAUGAAUCGACUUUUUGGGCGUCAAAUGGCCAUAUCUCAGUCCCUCUACCUCCGCCUUCUCGCGUUUGGGUUCAUCCUGAUCUUAGUCUCGGCAGCGGCGUUCGCGAAUGUCGCCCCUCUUCCUACGGAGUUCUAUCCUGGGUGGUCUGUGGUACACUCGGACUGGACACCUCUCUCUGUCUCGACUGCAGAAUGGCAGGCGGGUGGAUCUUUGACCAUCUUCGGCGUCGUAUGGAACGGAUGGAUUUUCGUUUGGCUCUCGACAGCCACGUUCGGGCUUUUCGGGCUCACGCAUGACGCGCGAGCAACCUAUAUGCGCGUCCUUCGAGCCGUCGCUGGUUGGCCUGAGAAGCUGCAUCUAUGCAGAUCUCAUGCGGAUGAUGAUUCGAUCCUGCCUCGCCAUCGCCUGAAAUGCGCUUUGAAGCUUUCCAAACUAAGAGGCGCUUCAUUGCUCGAUUGUACUUUACCGGUACCUCCCCCGGCUGCUGUUAUUCUCCCGGAGAGGGCAGGUAUUGAAGUCGAAGUUACGGUGGAGUACCAAGGGGACGAAGACGCGAAAACUCUGACAGGGUCGGGAACGGGAGAGAAGGCUACGCGGAAGGUGUGA